AUGGCGCUAAAUUCCAGUGAAAAGACCCAAUUGCAAGAAGAAACGACAAGUUUGCUACCCUCGAAAAGAAAUGAAGCAAGUCGUCCACACUAUCGCUCAAUCAUCGUAAGUGUUUGUUCGUUUAUUCUUGUGACCGAGUUCUGCGAACGCUUGGCAUAUUAUGGUCUCUCAGGGUCUUUACCCAUUUUUUUUCACCGAAAUUUGGGUCUCAGCACGGUAUUGGCUACGGAACUCAAUACAACUUUCACAUCACUUUCGUACCUCACGCCUUUACUUGGUGCCUAUGUUGCAGACCGUCAUUUAGGUCGAUUUAGUACCAUAAUGCUCUUCUGUUCAUUAUACAUUACUGGACUUGCAAUGUGCGUCUUUGCAGCAUUACCAGCAGUGUCAUCCCUCCCAUUAUUUAUGUUGGGACUUUUUGGAUUUGUGGGUUUUGGAGCUGGUGGGAUCAAACCAAAUGUUGUGGUUUUGGGUGCUGACCAAUUUGAUGUCACUCUUCCAGCUCAACGAGCAGAAAAAGACAGUUUUUUUAAUUGGUUCUAUUGGGCUAUUAACGUCGGCGCGACAUUUAGCUAUGGCAUUUUGACAAAUCUAGCAGUAAAUGGUCUCCCACCUUAUCUUUCAGCCGAUUAUGGAUUUUUUGCAUCAUUUGCGAUCCCAUCUGCUGCCUUUGUGGUGGCUACACUUGUAUUUUAUGCGGGAAAGCACCGGUAUCGUCGUGUACCACCCAAAGGUAGUGCUUUAAGCAAGUUUUUCUCGGUUUUAAUUGAAGCGGGUGGACGUAGUUAUCGUGGGAAACUUGUACUGAGUGGAGGGGUAGCAUUUAUCCCAGGAAUUGUCCUUACAACGGUGUCAUACUUUAUUCAAGAUGAAAAUGUCCACAUGGCUAUUGCACUGGCAGGAGCUGGCGCUGUAGCGUAUGGAACAAGUGUACUCAUUCUAUCUGGUGCUGCUACUGAAUGGCUUUGUUUAGCAAUGCGUACAAAUGGUGGCACGUUUUCAUCACAAGAUGUACAGGAUGCAACGCAAGUGAUGCGGCUAGCACCAUAUUUAGGCGUAAUUAUUAUAUUUUGGGCUGUGUACGGACAAAUGACGUCAAACUUUGUCGUACAAGGUUGUCAAAUGGAUUUGCGCGUACAUGGAAGUAAUAGCGUAUUGCUUUCUUCUGCAAUGCUCAAUAUAGUUGACUCGGGUGUGAUUUUGGUCUUUAUUCCUAUCUUUGACCGAAUAUUGUACCCAUUUUUGACCAAAAUAGGAAUCUAUCCAACAUUACUUCGAAAGAUUGGAGCUGGUCUUGUGUUUGCAUUAUUGGCCAUGCUUGCAGCAGGUUGGACGGAACAUAUUCGUAAGCACAGUCCAAUGAUUCAAGGUGUGGCUUCAAACUGCAGCGCUGCAGAAGUGCCCGAAUCGAUGCGUAGUGUGUGUCAGGCAUUAAAUUUGCUCACAACAACGCUUGGGUACAUUGUAACGGGUGCGCUCAAUAGCAUCUUUUCAUUUUGGAUCACGAGUGACCUUAAUGACGGUCAUCUCGAAUACAUUUACUAUCUCAUGGCUUUACUCGUACUUGUUCUAUUGAUUGCUUUCGUGGCUGUGUCGCAAUCGUUUGAAUAUCAUGUCCCUCCUAAGGGUCUUGACACGGUAACAGGAUUCUCACCAGCACUCUCGAGAGCCACCAGAGACUUGCGAAAGAAGCUACAAUUUCAACGUAAUGGAUCGGGAUAG